AGCGGCUCACGAUGAGCGGACACUCCCCGGCGGCGUGUGCGGAGCUAUGAGUACGGGUUCUGGAGCGGACAGAGUGGAAGAACCUUGUAGUAAGAGGAGCCGGACAGGAGAACCAGAGGCAGUUACCAGGGCGUCGGAGAAAGAGAGGGGCUACCCGGGAAGCCGGGGCCCCAGCACCACCGUGGGGAACAGAGUUUUCAAACAGAGGACCCUCCAUCCUUGGUUAGGACAUAAAGGAAGACGGGCGGACGAGAUUAAAAGGAGUAAUACUAAACACAGUCACAGCCAUAUAGCCAGCGCGAUGAGCUCCGACAGAAAGACCAACGUCUGUGAAGAAAGCAGGAGUCAUUUAGAGGUGGUUGACUCUUCAGGAACUCAGGCUAAAGAUCACAACCUAAACAAUCCACAAGAUGACAAUAUACAAAAGUCUGCCUCAAAUGACAAUGACUUGAUCUGUCUUGAAGAAAAUAACUUCACAACAGCAAAUGCAUCCCCAACAGAUUGCCCGACUAAAAGCCUCACACCUCCCAUCUGUACAAGUCCAGGGGAAGAAUCAGAGAACUUCUUGAAAGACCAAAAAUUGUGUGUAGAUGAGCAGGUCUCAAGUCCAGGAGAAAGAGAGAGUGAAUCUGAGUCCCAGAUGGAAGUUGAUGAUGAUCUUGUAUUGGGAAUAGAGUCAAAGAAGAAUAUGACUUCUAGCUAUGUGUUGGGAGAAAAAGAACAAGGGAGUAGUAGAGAGAGCAAUAAAUACUCUUCAGAACAGAUAGGUGCAGCGGGCAAUGUUCCUUCAAUGUCCCAUGAACAAAAAUUGAAAAAAAAUGCAAGCCAGAGAUUAGCAGUGCUGGCGCCUCAUUUUACUGGUGUAAACAAGGGCGAAGAUGUAAGCAAGGUGACAUGGCUGGGGACGCCACUGGCAGAAAUGAACCGAAUGCCUGUUUGUCACAUACAAGAGCAGGCACUGAGACCUUCUCCAAGCCACACGGUUACUGUGAAGUUUGACAAAUUAGAAGAGAAUGUGGUGCCCUUACCGCAUCCGACUUCUUUCGUUGACAAAUGGGACAACAUACACGUUAAAAUGCCCUGCUCACUAAUGAACCUUUAUCCGGUAGAUGACCAGAAUGGAGGAAAGGUGUCUGGGAGUCGAUGGAACCUCAUAAAGACCUCUCUCAGUAGGAAUUUAAGAAACUCAAGUGAAUUGAAGGAGGCAAUUCUGUCAUACAAUACAUUGUACUCCAAGAAAUGGGACUUUACAGCAUUAAAUGACUUUUGCGUGAAGGUUCUUGAUGAUGAUGAGCAUACACAUCUCUUCAGCUCGCUUCUUCCUGACAUGGUUUCAUUGACUCUCAGGCUCCCUAAACUCUGCCCACAGCCAAUUCCAUUGCUGAAGAAAAAAAUGGGUCAUUCAAUCACCAUUUCACAGGAACAGAUAUCUUGUCUGCUAGCCAACGCUUUCUUCUGCACAUUCCCACGCAGAAAUGCCAGAAAAUCGGAGUACUCCACCUACCCAGAUAUCAACUUCAACAGAUUGUUUGAAGGCAAAAAUCCAAGGAAAGCAGAAAAGCUGAAAACAUUAUUUUGUUAUUUUCGAAGAGUGACAGAGAAACGACCCACAGGUUUGGUGACCUUUACACGGCAGUGCAUUGACCGGUUUCCAGAAUGGGAGAAAUCAACCAAGAAGCUUAGAAGACUCCACAUAACAAGUGAAGGUACAAUCGAGGGCAAUGGACAUGGAAUGUUGCAGGUGGACUUUGCCAAUCGCUAUGUUGGUGGUGGUGUGACGAGCUCGGGUCUUGUCCAGGAAGAGAUCCGGUUCAUCAUCAAUCCUGAACUGAUAGCAUCGCGCCUCUUUACAGAGGAAUUGGAUGCCAAUGAGUGCCUCAUUAUAACAGGUGCAGAGCAGUACAGUGAAUAUAAAGGUUAUGCCGAAUCAUACAAAUGGGACCGCGCUCAUGAAGAUGAAGCUCCACGGGACAGCUGGCAGAGACGUACCACAGAAAUCGUUGCAAUUGAUGCUUUCCACUUCCGAAGUCAUAUUGAACAAUUUUCUCCAGAGAAGAUCAAGAGAGAGUUGAACAAGGCAUACUGUGGGUUUUUCCGAGAAGGAAUCCAGCCAGAGAAUCUGUCGGCAGUCGCAACAGGAAACUGGGGCUGUGGAGCCUUCGGCGGGUAUAAUAGAUUAAAAGCCUUAAUUCAGCUUCUGGCCGCUGCAGAGACCGGACGAGAUGUUGCGUAUUUCACCUUUGGUGACAAAGAGUUAAUGCACGAGGUUCACAAAAUGCACAGCUUUCUUAUAGAGAAGAAUCAAACUGUUGGUGACGUUUACAAGCUGCUGCUUAACUAUUACUUUGAAGAAUGCAAGAACUGUAUGUCACCAAGGCCAGAGAAAAAGUUGUAUACCUUUAUAUACAAAACCUUGCAACCAUGAGACGUGGUGGCAAAAGACUCUAUGGAGAAAUUCAUUGCUUUGCUUUUUUCAACUUUAAUAACAUGUUCGAAGUGCUGGGUGUAAUAUACGGAUUAGUAUAACCAGUGUAUAUAACGGUGCAGUUUAGUCUACUGAGCUUUUCGAAAGGAAAUCCUUAUAGGCCCGUGUUUCUAUAUGUUAUGUUUUUAAGAUGUGUUAUGCUUGAUUGGAAUAUUUUUUCCAUUGAUUUUUCUUAUUUCAAAUUUCAUAAUUAUUUUAUUAGAAUUCUUACAAGUGACAGUGAAUAUCUCUGGUAUGCCACCCACUGAAUGUCCAUGUGUGAUUGUAGAAGCUGGCACUGCUUCAUUCAUUUGAUAAUGGUUUACAAUCUGGGUUUGGAUAGUCCUGAAGACAACGGUGUGUCUUUACCACUCCUCCAGUCAUGGUGGCUGCUGAUAUCAUGGGGGUGGUAACCCCACCAGUAGUGCCUGAGUUCUCCUACCCUCUGUAUAAUCUUCUGGAUCGACCAGUGCAGCACUACAGUGCACACGGCUUGCCUCUCAAGUGCAAGAGUUUACAACAUUCACCUGGGAAGAAAACUACAGUUGGAAUCGCACAUGCUGUUGAAUUUUAUGAAAACAGGAUAUUACACUUGAUUCGAAGUAAUUGAUCUUGAGGAUUAAUAAAACAGAUGAUAAUAAGAAUAAGA